AUGGCGCGUAAUGCGAGAACACAACCAUGCCCUACUCCAGUUCCUGCUCCAACUGUGGCCCAGAUUCCAUCUAUUCGAAUUGAAAGGACUAAAGACCGAGAUGAGAUAUCAGAGGAGAUUUUGUCCGCACCCAAGCCUACACCACCACCAAGAACUGUAACUUAUGGGAAUACAUUGAUGCCUUCAUCAAGCAGAACUCCACGACAACCAAGACAGACUUCUUUGAGAUCACAUGCAAAUGGAAAUGAAAACGGAAAUGGAGUAAUGAAAACACCACAAAGAGAAACUGUUGUGAGUCUUGGAUUCACUGAAGACCCAAUUCCACCUAGUCAUUACUGCUGCAACACUUGUCAUAUUCGAAAAGCCUGCCGAACAGUUGCAAUAUUUGCCAUAAUAGGAUUCAUCAUCAAUAUUGUCUUAUACUUCAUGGGAAUAUCUAAACUCGGUCUUAAUGGAUAUCUCGAAGCGUUCCUACUUAUUUUUGACGGUAUCUCUCUGGUUACUUUGCUUUGUGGUGUCUCAAAACAACGCUCAGGACUACUGAAACCCUACUUGUUCUACAACACAAUCUGGAAUUUUGGUAUGGUCAUCUUGUUCCUGGUUUUCGUGUACCAUAUGCUGAAAGGAACAAGUGAUGUUUCCAGGAAUAUUUUGGAAAAUGUCAAAGCACUUCGCACAAACCCUGAUGAGUACCAUUUCCGAUCGAGAGAAAGUUUCACAACUGCGGUUCUGGUUACUCUGGGUGUGAUGGCUGCUAUGGCUUUAGUCAUCAUCAUCAAUUGCAUAUUCCUGCAUGUGGUAUUCCGCACGUUCCAAUUUUUUGCUUAUCAAGAAGAUAAGAGAAGAGAAGAGAUGGAUAAAAAAGAACGACUAUGA